AAGGAAAAGGCCUUAGGUAUCUAGUGUCAUACAGUUGAAGUCCAUAACUGGUCACUUCGGGAGCCAGUCUCUGCCUCAAGGGCCUUUGAGAGCUUCCAUCCUGCGAGACAGAAGGAACACAUACCACAGGGGACCCUUGUCUGUCUGCCUCUCUCCUCUCUCAGCCUCCUGCUGUGGCCACUGCCAGCCGGAGAUCUUUGCUGCCAGACACAGUCCAUCCUCCAGAUGAGCUGCUCCAGGAAACCUGCAGUCACCAUGAAACAUCGCUUUGGUCUAAUCACUGGCAAAUAUGAGCCAGUGCCACUGAAGAGCAUCUCGGUAACCUUGUCCAUCAAUGACUUUGUGGCUGGGGUGUCUACAACCUUAAAUUAUGAGAAUGCGGAAGAUGUCCCAUUAGAAGCAAUCUUUGUGUUCCCCAUGGAUGAAGACUCUGCUGUCUACAGCUUUGAAGCCUUGGUGGAUGGGAAGAAAAUUGUGGCAGAAUUGCAGGAGAAAAUGAAGGCCCAUAGGAACUAUGAGGAUGCUCUCUCCCAGCGCCAUCAAGCUUACUUAUUGGAAGAGGAUGACUACUCCAGGGAUGUCUUUUCUUGCAAUGUGGGGAACCUCCAACCUGGGUCUAAGGUGGCAGUUACCCUGAGGUAUGUGCAAGAAUUGCCUCUGGAAACAGAUGGUGCCCUUCGCUAUGUGCUCCCAGCAAUCUUGAAUCCAAGAUACCAGCUCUCUGAAAGGUCAGCAAAGAGUUGCUUGAAUAUAAAGACCCCUAUAAUCCCUUUGGAAGACCUGCCCUACACACUCAGCUUGGUUGCAACCAUCACUUCCCAGCAUAUCAUUGAGAGGGUCCAAUCCAACUGCUCCUUGAGUCCUAUUCAAUACCUUGCAGAUGACAAGACUUCUGCUCAGGUUUCCUUGGCUGGAAGACACAAGUUUGACCGGGAUGUAGAACUCCUGAUUUACUACAAUGAAGUGCACAGCCCCAGUGUAGCUGUGGAGAUGGGGAUGCCAGACAUGAAGCCAGAUACUUUGAUGGGAGCUCCUUCUGCAAUGGUGAGUUUAUAUCCAGAUUUCCCAGAAGUGGAAACCUCAAGGUCCUGUGGAGAAUUUGUGUUCCUCAUGGACUGCUCCGGAAGUAUGAAAUCCCCCAUGAACAACCAGAAGGAUUCUCAGCUAUGCAUAGAAGCUGCCAAGGAAACUCUGCUGCUGCUGCUGAAGAGUUUACCUAUGGGUUGUUAUUUCAACAUCUACGGAUUUGGAUCUUCCUAUGAAAAAUUCUUUCCGGAGAGUGUGGAGUACACUCAGAAAACAAUGGAGGAGGCAGUGAAAAGAGUGAAGGAUUUAGAAGCAGACCUAGGGGGCACUGAAAUCUUGAGACCACUCCUGGACAUUUACAAGGCGCCCUGCAUUCCUGGCCAUCCCUUACAGCUCUUUGUCUUCACAGAUGGAGAAGUCAGUGACACAUUUAGUGUCAUUAGACAAGUUCAGUUAAACAGCAAGAAGCACAGAUGUUUCUCAUUUGGUAUUGGAGAAGGAGCCUCCACCAGUUUAAUCAAAGGCAUCGCCCGGGUAUCAGGGGGCUCUGCAGAGUUUAUCACAAGCAAGGACAGGAUGCAGACCAAGGCUCUUGGGUCUCUGAAGUUUGCUCUAAACUGUUCAGCGGAUGACAUCGCUCUAAGCUGGGAUUUGCCUCCUGGUCUGUUAGCUUACAUGCUUUCCCCAGAGCAGACUGUCAUCUUUAGGGGUCAGAGGUUAAUCGUCUAUGCUCAACUGACUGGGACUAUGCCCCAAGUGGAGAGCUCAGGAGAAGUGUGCCUCAAGUACACCCUUCAGGGCAGGAGUUUUGAAAACAGGGUGACGUUUUCCCUACAACCCAAGGCAAAUGCCAGCUUCACCAUCCAUCGCUUGGCUGCGAAGUCCCUGAUUCAGACCAAAGACUUGGGCUCCCAUGAGACUUCACAAAGAACAAUAGAGGAUAUCAUGAGCAUCAGCAUUCAGUCUGGAGUCCUCAGCUCCUUCACAGCUUUCAUAGCCAUAAACAAGGAGCUCAACCAGCCUGUGAAGGGGCCUCUGGCUCACCGAGAAAUUCCAAGGCCUGUGAUGUCUACAUAUAAAGUUAAGACUCGUCACAAGCCAGGCUUAUCAAGAAAUUUACCGUGUUUAUUCACAACAAAUGAGGACAAAUUUUCUCAGCAAUGUUUGUUUGUCACAGAUACUGAAUUUAGUGAAGUCCAAUCUUCAUGUUUUAGUAAGGAAAAUGUGGCAUCCACGAGAAAGAUGAAAAAGUCAGAUUCUUCCACCAAGAAAACAAACUUGCGAAAUGACCACAAAGGUUUUGGAGAAAAUGUUGCUCUGCAGCUGAUUUUGCUCCAAAAGGCAAAUGGCUCCUGGGAGCUUGAUGAGGAUCUGACCAAGAUCCUGGGCACUAAUUUGGAAGACAUCAAGGCUGCAAACCCUGCCAAGGAUGGGGACCCUUCUGCCUGGGCCACAGUAUUGGCUGUACUCUGGCUACAUGCCAAUGGCAAGGACAUGAAAUAUGAGUGGGAGCUUCUGGAAAGGAAGGCGGUGACCUGGCUUCAUGACCAUGCAGGGUCCUCCAUCCCCAUGCUUGUGCAAGCUGCCAAUAGUCUCCUGAAAUUACCUGUGACUCCUGCUGUGUUUGGCCUCUGAGGAUGCUACUCAUGAAGCAAGAAUGUUUCCUGAGUACCACAGAGUCCCUGACUUUUGCCUUGGCUGAGAUAGCUUUUGGGUUCCCUCUUUACCCUUUUCUUUCUUUUUAUAACAAUA